ACAUGCAACAAAAACAAUAAAAAAUAAUUUGCAAAAUAUUAAAUGCAUUUACAUAAAAACGCAUGUUGAACUUCUUUAAAAUUCUCAGAAUAAAAAAUUUUCUUAAAAUAAAAGUGGUUCUUUGGAAAAAUUAUACCAUACUUGCAGAUAUGUUUUACUUUAAGGUCUUGAAAAUAUGAGAUAAUGGGUUCUCAAACUUUUGAAAUUUUACGGCAAGGUGUUUGGGCCUCGUUGACUGGCGGUUGGUUUUAUGAUCCUCACCAAACGGUCUUUUGCAACGUAAUUCACUUAUAUUUGUGGUUGUUUUUGUUAUGCGGUCCAUUUCUGACAUAUUUAUAUUUUCCCACAACAACAUUUACAUGGACUAUAUAUUGUAUUUUAACCAUUUGCACUAUAUCUGUUCUAAAAAUAUUGAACAUGGCUUUACAUUUAUUAUAUGACAAAGCUCAAACAGUGACCGAUUCUAGUUUCAAAAAUGAUUCCAAGAACGCAAAAAACGCACUCAGCGAAGAAUGUGGAAUUGAAAUGAAAGUAAUUGGGAAUGAUGUACCAUCACGCAUAUCUAUAGAACAACCAAUAAAUGAAGUAAGUGAAGCGAAUAGCAUGAUAUCUCUUGACCACGUUACCAGCACUAUUGAUCUAAAAGUUGAUGUACACCGCAAAAAUAGUUCUGAAUCUAGCGAAAGUAUAUCGGCGUAUUCACGAAACAUAUAUCAAGGAGUACAAGAAAAAGAAAAUUUUCAACGCCCCACUCGUUUAGAAACUUCCGAUUUAUCUCAAAAUCAGUCAGCGGAUAUGAUUGAGUCAACUAAAUUAAGUAAAGAACUUUCUCGAAGAUAUUCAGAUAACUUGCAAAAAAAAGAAAAAGGAUUUGAAAUUCCUUCGCAAUUAAGUGUACCUAUUUUUAAAGAUUAUACUCAUAACUCUGUACUCGCUAAAAAUAAUCCUUUACGAAAUCGACAGCACAGUAGAAAUUUAAGUCAAGGCCAAGAGUUUAUUGCAGAAAUGUGGAAAAAUGCUGAAUUACAAAGUCUGCCAACAUCUUCGUGUAAAACAGAACACCAUUCGCUUUAUAAAAAAAAAUCUGUUUAUGAACCGACAUUCAAUAAAAAUGAAAGCAAUAAUGUCCAAGAUAUAGAUGCUUCAUGCAUUGAAACGGGUGAUAUAAAAUUAAAAAGCGAGACGAUCGAUUUGGAAAAUUUUAAAUAUAUAAAGGAGUCACCUACUGAAAACACACAGGCAAAGGGGAAAAAAUUUUAUGCUGAUUUGAUUUUUGGCAAAUCCAAUGAAAUGUCAGAACAAAUUGAGUUUAACGAAAUCAGCUCCCCCAACGGCUCAAGUCACGAAGAAUUUAAAGAAAAAGAUCGCCUAUUGGAAGAUAGUCGUAUUUUAGAUGCCAAGCCAGUGGAUAAAUCACGUAAAAUAUCUGAGUUCCAAGAAUACCGCAGUACAGAGAAUCUUGAUAAAAAUCAAAUCCUUACUCAAAGUUUUGAAGUUACUUCUCAGAAUCAAGUGAAUAUUUCUAAUUUAAAUAUGAUUAGUUUACAGCGGGCUGCUAUAAAAAAAAAUGGUUUGCAACAAAAGCACGCAAUUAACAGUCUCCAUCACCAAAGUUUAAAUGACAAACAUUUGAGAUCAUCAGAUAUAUAUUUGUCACACAGCAGCUAUACCACAUCUGACUUAGAUAUAGAGCAACUUCAAGAAAACGGAACGGUAUCAAGCGGAGAAAAUCAUAAUAUACAUGGCUUGAUAUUGCUUGAAAAAACAAACCAUAUGAGGAAAGAUACAAAUAGUACUAUGUCUGCUCUACAAUUACCCGUUGCAGCAUCAAUUUCUAAUUUAGAUCACCAGCCAAAUCAAAACAAAAGACGUCAUUCGUCAAAUACCGGUUUCAAGUUAGAGAUUAACAAUACUGGAUCUAGCGGUGCUAUAAGUUCUGAAGUUUCACAAACAAGUAAUGUGCGGCGAAUCAAAAGUACUGCUUUAGAUGUAGGUUUUCCCCAACCUUCAGUAUUAAAUCUUACGCUACACCCCAAUAGUACUGAGGCUAUAGUUGGACAACAUUUUAAAUCUUCGAACCCUCCAUUGUUACCUCCUCCCAGCAAGUGUCUUGUGCGAAAUCACCAUCUAAUAUUUUGUUCAAAUUUUGGGGAACACAUGGAAAAUAUUAAUUUGAAUAUCGGCUCUGAUUCGGCAGCUUGUUGCAAGGAAUAUUCUACUGAUUAUGCUAGAAAUUCUGAAGCUAAUGUUUACCCUAUUGCUGAGCAAGUAGAAAAAAUCAACGAAAAUGAUCAGCAUUGCUUAUUGGUUUCAUCUUUGUCAUCAAAUAAGUAUAAGGAUAAAAAUUUGUUGGAGCGUACAACAGAAAGACUAAACCAAGAAAGUACUGAUAAUAAUGAAACAAUUAUGUCAAAUAAAAAUAAUGUAGAUUAUUACAUCGACAAUCAAAAUGAAGCCCACCAAGAAAGCGGCGUAUCUCAUCGCAGCGCCAAAAAUGAUAACAAUAAUCACUCCUACUCGCACAGAAGCGAAUGUGAUGGUUGUGAUAAUUAUAUUAAUUCUUCAGAAGUAAAGCAAUUUACAAAUACUACUGAAUCUGAAUCUGAAAUUGAAAAACCGAGAGCUCAAUCCACUGACUCCGAAACUGAUAAUAACGGAUCAAGAUCACCUUUAUUAAACCAAAAUAUAAACGACAUUUGUAAGUCGAAAUUGUCUGAUUUAGAACAACCAAAUUUUAUUCAGCUUGACAAUAAAAAAUUUUUUAAAAAUGCAAAAAGAAAUAAAAAUUUUACGUGUGUUCAAUCGCCUUGCACAUCUUGUGACCAAGAAGAAAUGAAUUCAAAUUCUAAAGAUAUGUUAUUAGAAAAUGAGGAAUCGUUUUACAGAAAAAGUGGCUAUGAAGUUACGAAAAGUGGAAAAUCAAUAACAUCAAAUGACGACUCCGAAAUGUUAAGGGGUUUGAAUAUAGCUCAAGAAGAAGCAGACAUUGAAAAUUUAUGUUUGAAAGAUGCAAAAAGUCUAGGUGCGAUUCCAAAAACAUGUCUUCGACGUAGCAGUGAAAUCCCUAUAGUUUCUGGAAUGGAUGUUCCAGUUGGUGGAAUAACUGGUAUGAACGCUCUGCCUAAUAAACGCUCAGCAUCUAAACCUAUGAGUAGAACAUCGUCCUCUGCCUCAUCCCGUAGUUUUAGCGCGGAAAGCUUUACAAAUGAUGCGUAUAGAACUUAUAAGGAUCGAUACUCUUUUAUUUUUGGGCAGGAUGUCUCUCAGCAAAGUUCUAUGUUACAUCCGUUACAUCAGAAUGGAUUGUGUGGUUCAGUUUAUCAAACAGCUUUAACGCGGCGGAAUUUAAAUGAAAAUUUAGGAAAUUUUCGAUUGAAACAUAGAGUUAAUAUUGUUGACUCUGACAACAUUGCCAACACUGCUUGUGUAGGAAGCGGAAAGGAUACUUUAGGUUCUAAUAACACUUCCAAACUAGAUGAUAGUUUAAAUUUUGCUCGUAAUAACAUGCAACAACAACAUGAAGCGUCUGCAUCUUUAUCUAUUCAAGGUUUAAUUAAUGAACAGUAUCCUUUUGAAAAUUCUUUGGCUUCUGGAGCAGUUGAUCAACACCAUUCUAGACAUCGGAAUUUACUUCAACCUUCCACAGGAGCAAUGCUUAAUGUUGAAAUUAAUGAUUCUAUUUACUGUGAUUAUUGGAGGUCUUGCCGUUUGUCUACUGAAAAACCCAUUCAUCCCAAAAAAUUUUACAAGUAUCGGUGGAAAUUUUUGGGUAGACGUGAACUAAAAAUUACAAUGGAUCGCUUACAACUUUUAGCUUUGUUUGACCGAGAUUUAAAUUGGUUUCACGUAAUAUUAGCUAUUUCAUUAUCAAGUUUAACAUGCUUUUUAGGAUCGUAUAUUUUGCAACUUGGGCUUUAUAAAGAUAUUUUCGCUUUUUGUUUUUGCAUUGUUAUAGCAGGAAGCCAAUAUUCUUUAUUAAAAAGUGUACAACCGGAUGCAGCCUCACCUAUUCAUGGAUUUAACAAAACAGUUUCAUAUUCAAGACCGAUUUACUUUUGUAUAUGCUCGUUGCUACUAGUAUUUUCUUUUCAAUUACAAAUGGAGUUAAAAGAAGAUGUCAAUACCCAAAACUUGAAUCAUUUAAUAAACAAAAUAGAAUUUUUUGGUGUAACUUUCACGUUAAAACAUAUUAUCGAGGGAAUAAUAAAUUUCCUGUCAAAUAUCAUUUUAUUAUUUCCGAUUUUCUUUUCUUUGGGUUUGUUUCCUCAAGUUAAUACAUUUAGUAUGUAUCUUUUAGAGCAAAUAGAUAUGCAUAUUUUUGGGGGCAAUGCAGUUUGUUCUUUGUUAUCAUCAGUUAUUUGUAUAAUGAAGUCUCUAAUUGCUGUGGGUAUUUUAUAUGGCCCAGCUUUUGGCGGAUUAAGUGAAGAAAAAGGAACUCAACAUCUUUUGUUUUCGUUCUUUUGUUCGUUGUUGAUUUCCGUUGCAUAUCAUUUGUCACGUUCGGCAAGUGAUUUUAGUCAUAUUUGGGCAUUAAUAAAAUUCAGUUUAGCUAAUACUUUACCUGAUGAUGAGGAAGAAAGUGAUAACAAUGAAGACGCAUACAAAAUUAUAUCGAAAAAAAGUCUAAAGAAUAAAAGUUGUGUAGAGGAAAAUGAAAAAUCGAAUAAUGAACUAAUAAACGGCACUUUAACUAAGAAUGCUGUAGUUUCUUCAUCUGGUUCUGAUAUGCAUAACGGAAAAUAUGGAAACUCUUCAACGGAUAAAAAUACGGAAACUCUUAAAAUAGCUGAAAUCGACAAUAUGGCAAAACUGGCAAAAGCAACAUGCAGUAUAAAAUCGAAGUUGGAGAUAAAUGAAGAUAAAGUUGUUAACAAUGUAGGAGAGGAAAACGAGUUGUCAACAGAGACUAUCGAAUCGAGUAAUGCUCUCAAUGGAUUAGAUAUGGAACAAUCUGAUCCAUUACCAAAAAAAUUACAAACAACUGUAAAUAGUCGACUUAAAAAUGACUUAGUAAUAUGCACAAUUCUUGUAAUAUCGAUGUUAAGCCUUCAUAGUAGCACUGUGUUUACUGUAUUGCAACCUGACCUAAAUAUAGUCCUUUAUACAAUGGCCGUCAUUUUAGGAUUCAUAUUACAUUAUGUAUUACCUCAAAUGCGCAAACAUAUGCCAUGGCUAUGUUUUGCUAGCCCUCUGUUGAAACAAAAAGAGUUCGGUCAAUUUGAAGUCUCAAAAGCUGCAAAAGUUAUGUGGUUUGAAGCAAUUUAUGUGUGCUUGUGUUUUUUGGAAAGGAAUGUUUUAUAUCCGCUCAUAUUUAUUUCCGCUCUUACAGCAGACUCUCAACAUAUAACAAGAAAAUAUGGUAUAUCUGCAGGUGCUUUGAUUAUAACAAUUUGCUCUCUUAAAUGCAUGAGGAACGCAUACUCGGAUCCGGCUAGUCAAUACUUGAUAUUGAUAUUCUCCGUGUUAUUAUUUAAACUUGAUUUUAACUACGCUAACGAAACAUUUGUCAUAAACUUUUUUGUAAUUUCAAUCCUUUUCAAGAAGUCGUGCGAUUUUUUCUUAAAGCUGCAAUUUAUUGUUACUUACAUAGCGCCUUGGCAAAUAACAUGGGGAUCAGCCUUUCACGCUUUUGCACAACCGUUUAGUGUACCACAUUCAGCAAUGUUAUUUUUACAAGCUGGCAUCAGUUCGAUACUAUCCACACCACUUAAUCCAUUUUUGGGAAGUGCUAUUUUUUUAACAUCCUAUGUUCGACCAAUAAAAUUUUGGGAACGAGAUUAUAAUACACGUAGAAUUGAUCAUUCAAAUACACGCCUAAGCUCGCAACUGGAAAGAGAUUUAGGUGCGGACGACAAUAAUUUGAACAGCAUUUUUUAUGAACACUUAACUAGAUCUUUGCAACAUUCUCUUUGUGGUGAUUUACUUUUAGGUCGUUGGGGAAAUGUUAAUCAGGGUGACUGUUUUGUUCUGGCAUCAGAUUAUUUAAACUGUUUAGUACAUAUAGUGGAACUAGGAAACGGAUUAUGCACUUUUCAAAUGAGGGGUCUCGAAUUCCGUGGAACUUAUUGUCAACAGAGAGAGGUCGAAGCAAUUUCAGAAGGAGUGGAGGACAAUGAUGCAUGUUGUUGCUGCAAUCCUGGACAUAUUCCGAAAAUGUUAAGUGCGAAUGCAAUGUUCUCAACUAGAUGGUUGGCAUGGCAAGUAGUAGCCGCCCAAUACGUUUUGGAAGGUUAUUCCAUUUCUGAAAAUUUAGCUACUGCAACGUUGCAGCCCUUUGAAUUUAGAAAAGUUUUAAUAACAUAUUAUAUAAAAAGUAUUGUAUAUUACGUAACAAAAAAUUCAAAAUUAGAGAAAUGGCUGGCAUCCGGUGCCAUACAAGAUUCACUCUCUUCUACAUUGGGUAGACAAUUUGUUGACUUGGAUCCUAUAUUCAAUUAUAAUUUAGACGAAGAUUUUGAUUUUCGGGCAUUGGGGAUCACCCGUUCAAGCUUUUGUUCUACAUAUCUUAAUUGGAUACAACUAUGUUAUAAGAAACGUAAAGAUUCUUCUUUUUCCACUAAUCUGCCUUCAACAGACAUUAUCCCAAAUUCUAAAAAUGAAUCUGAAAGUAUAAGAGCUAAUAAUAAUUCUGUAGAAGCUUUAAAAGGGAAAAGGUUUUUAAAGGAAAACCAAGAAGACAAUAAAAUUUUGGAUAAAAAUACAAUUAAUGAAAAAGUAAAGCAAGAAACGGGGGAAGAGUCUGAAGAAAUAAAAAGAAAUUCACACAAUGUUUAUAACAACUUGAAAAUAAAUGAUUCACAUGAAGGAAAAUUCAAAAAAUCGGAAGAAUUUUGUGAAACCAGUAAUUGUGAUUUAUUACCAGACAUAACAGAUAGAGGAAAUUCCAAAAAUUUAUAUGUUUCUGAUUUAAAAAGUGAAUCACCUGAAAAGCAACCUACAGCUUUACCAACGAGUCGUACUGCCAUUAGGUGUCGAAAAAAAGUACAUAAAAGGCGACUAAAAUUUGGCACUGGAGUUAACACAGAUCCUCUUAAAUCUGUAUUACACAAUAAUGCAAAGACUGAAGCUUCCGAAUUAGGAAACGGUAUUUCUAAAGAGUCUCCGCUAAUUUCACUUUGUUUCGCCUUAAGUCUUCUAGCAAGGCGUUCGCUAGCAACAGCGAGUCAUAGUUCGCUAUCUGGCGUUGAUUUCUUUUUACAUGGCUUGCAUGCUCUGUUCAAAGGUGACUUUCGAAUAACGUCACCACGAGACGAAUGGGUAUUUGCUGAUAUGGAACUUCUUCAUGGAGUAGUGGCACCAGCUGUAAAAAUGGCCUUAAAACUUCAUCAAGAUCACUUUUCCAGCCCUGAUGAAUAUCUUGACCCCUCAAUUCUAUAUGAAGCAAUGUCUUGUCAUUCAAAGGAAUUAGUAAUUUCCCAUGAAGCAGAUCCUAUUUGGCGAAGCGCAGUUUUAAGAGGUGCUCCAAAUCUAUUAGCACUUCGACAUGUAAUGGAAGACGGUUCGGAUGAAUACAGAAUUAUUCGCCUCACUAAGCGAUUUCUAAGUUUUCGAGUUAUAAAACUAAACAGGGAAUGUGUUCGUGGUUUAUGGGCAGGUCAACAACAGGAACUUAUUUACCUACGAAAUAGAAAUCCGGAGAGAGGAAGUAUUCAAAAUGCAAAGCAAGCUUUACGUAAUAUAAUAAAUUCUUCUUGUGAUCAACCAAUUGGGUAUCCCAUUUAUGUUUCGCCACUUACAACAUCUUACGCUGACACAAGUGAACAAAUAUGUAGAAUAAUUGGUGGGGCUAUAACAUUUGAAAGCAUUAAAAAUUUAGCAUUGGAAAGUUGGCGCAAAAUUCGUGAAAGAUGUCGAGAAGGAUGUAGCAGUGGAAGUGGCGGUUUGGAAUGCGAUGGAAUAAAUCCAACUAACGAAGUUUCCGCAGCUUACUUUUCACCAGCUGCAACAACAAAUACUGUUGGAACUUUAAACUAUGGGAACCCAAAUUUAUCAGGAACUGGAAAUCGUGGCAGUUUAGCAAGUGUUAAUAAGCCUAAUAGCUCUACUAUUUUAACUACUUUUCUAAAACGAGAUGUAGAUUCAGAAAAAGAAAGUUCACGCGAUGGUAGAGUGAGUAGUAUUGUUCCAAAAAAGUUAAAUUAUUCAAACUGUGUCUACAAAGAAAGAGAUCGUCGUGCAACCUUACCUAUACCGUCAACUAAAUUUACAGGUAAUUAUGAUUUUGCACCUAAAGGACAUAGUGAAAGCAAUUACUUGGGCGAGCAUAAUAAGUUUGAUUUUUCGGAUUCUGUAAAGGAUUCCAUUAGUUGCAAUAAAAAUUUUAAUUCUUCUGAUAUUAGCAGCAUAAAUUCAAAUAGUCUUAGGUCAACUGAACGUUGUGCGACCAACGAUUUUGACAAAUCAAAAUUAUUAAAUGAACACGGUGAAAGUUAUUCAAUUCAAAAUUCAGAAGGACAAGAUAAGCUUUGUCGAAUACAUAUCUUCCAAGAAAAUUUAAGCCAUCCAUUAAUAGCGUUAAAUCGCAAAGCCAUUAUAGUAGAUGGAUUAGAGAUAUAUGAUUGCUUAGAUUUAGGACGAAGGGUUGAUAUUAUUUGGCCUAACGAAAAAAUGCGUUUAAAUGGAGGACGCUCAACGUGGCAAGGCUGGUUUCCUCAGGAAGGAAUGGUUGGUUAUGUAAGACACUAUUGGCAGCAUAAUCAUCCAGACAUAAGAUUCCGUUCAAACAUAAACGGAAUUCUUUAUCUUAUUGAAAUUAACGAUCAUUAUGUACCUGUUGGAGAAUGUGGGGUGAAAGAAUACAAUCAAAUCAAUUCAAUGGAGCAAAUGAUGCCAUUGGACACGGUUCCUGUAGUCGUAGCAGGAAAAUCGAAUUCCAACAAAGAAUUUGAUAACUCAAUUAGUAAGUCGAGCAUAAUAAAUGAAGAAAUUGUAAACAUAUCCGAAAAGAUUGCUGAUCCUGUUGUAAGCCCUGUUACACAAUCUUUUAAGCAUCUUGCAAGUUGUAAAGAUUGAAUAUCAAAAUUAAAAGUACCUGCAUUUUAUGCCAAAAUUGAAACGAAUGAAAGUUCGUAAUAUUUUUUUUCCACUUUUUAGUGCCAAAAAACUACUGCAUAUUUUAAGAAAAUUUUUAAAAAUGAAAAAUCAGCAAACAGCAGAGAAUCUCAAUAGAAACUGCGUGUAAUCUGCUUAAAAAUAUGAAGCAUGAAUGUGGAACAUGGAGCUGAGCUUGAUGGUUGCUUAAAGGAGGUUUAAAAACGAGUAACAUAAAUUACAACCACUCCUACAAAUAUAAAAUUUAUUCUCAAUUAUUUGUUUUUUAAUGAUUUAAUUGAAAAAACUAAAACAAAAUUAGAUAGGCAUAUUUUAAUAGCAUAAACUAUUCAAUUUGGUAAAAAUAAUAUUUUCUAACAAAACAUUGUUGAUAUUUUUAAUGAGUUUUGAAUGUUUUUUGGUUUAAACUAUCUAGAGAUUUUAAUUCAAAGUUAUGUCAUAUUAAAAAUGAUUUGCUUUAUUUUUAUAUUCAAGCCGCAUAACUUAUAAGUGAAAUUAUAAGAAUAUUCCGAAUAAAUAAUUUUAAAGUUA